AUGAAGUUCACUGCCUUCGCUCUCACUGCCCUCUCCCUGGCAGCCACCGAGGUUUUUGCUCACCCUGAGAAGUUGACCAAGGAGAACAUCAGACGCGAGGCUGCCCUGGCCGGUCGCUCUACCAACAAGUGCGCCGCCGCCAUUGAGAAGCGCAAGGCCGAGAUCAUCGCCAAGCGCUCCCAGCGUCUCUACGAGCGCCGCGUCGCCAACGGCGACAUCGUCCCCAGCAGCCACGGCAUGUCCAAACGCAACACCCUCCAGUACACCUCCAUCCAGAACAACACCUGCCUCUUGGCCCCUGAGACCAUCUUCGGCCCCUACGGCGUCGACGGCGAGAUGAACCGUCACGACCUUCGCGAGUCCCAGCCUGGUAUCGACUUCUACUUCGACAUUGGCGUCAUGGACAUCAACACCUGCGAGCCUUUGGAGGGUGCCUCCGCUUCUAUCUGGCACUGCAACGCCACCGGAUCCUACGCCUCCUUCACCGGCAUCGACCCGGACACCUCCGAGCUCCUCGACGGCUGGGAGAAGCGCUCCGACGGCACCACCGACGACGAGACCUUCCUCCGCGGCGUCCAGGUCUCCGACUCCAACGGCAUGAUCGAGUUCCUGACCAAGUUCCCCGGCUACUACGUCUCCCGCUCCACCCACAUCCACGUCGCCGUCCAGGCCAACGCCUCCAGCGGUAUCUCCUACAGCCAGAGCGCCAUUCAGCACGUCGGCCAGCUUUUCUUCGAGGAGGAUCUGCUCUCCCAAGUCUACGCUGUCAGCCCCUACUCUUCUCAUCUGGAGACCCUGAACCGCACCACCAACGACGAGGACUCUGUCCUUUCCAGCGCCAGCGAGGAUGGCUACAACCCCUUCAUCAGCGUCUCUCUUCUUGGUGACAGCAUUGAGGAUGGCCUCGUCGGCUACAUCACCAUCGGUGUCAACGCCACUGGUGAGGAGAUUGCCACCACCGGCACCGAUGUCAACCCCCAGGGUUGGAUCCCCACCGUCUCCGUCGGCACUGCCAAGCUUGCUGAGGCUACUGCUGCUGACGCCGCUGCCGGCUACACUUCUUAA